CCGGAAGUGACGCGUUAUGGGCUGUAGGUGGUUGCUGGCGGUUUGAAGCAUCCGGUAACGGACUGACAGCAAGGAGCAGAAAGGAACGAUUCCACAAACAUGGAUGAUUCCAGCUCAGACUCGGAUGACAGUAAGCUGAUCGUCCAUCAUCAAAGUAGAUUUAUGAGUGAAGCAAUAUCUGAAAAAUAUUGUCAAAUUAAGCCAAAAAAUAAUAUGGAAGCUGCUCACAUUUGGUGCUCUGUCAUUCCAGUAAAUGAUCAGAUGCAUUGGCAUAUAAUAGCCAUACACUUACUAUGGCCAUAUUUAUUUGCUCAGGCAAAAAAGAUUGAUCGCUAUCUACAGUGGGCCUUUAUAGCGAAAUUCAUAGAUGCUGAGAAUUAUGAUGUCUUUGAAAUGAAUGUGGUAAAGCUACAAAAUAUUGAGCUUCUGGAAACAGUGAUUGAGGCAAUAGGGAAACAUCACCAUUCUACAGCAUUUCUACCCUGUUUAUUAGAUUUAUGGGAUAAAGUGCAUAAGAUUAAUUGUGACCUCGAUGGUGUCAUUGAUAUGAUAGAAAAGACAGGAGAAUUUAAUAGUCUGCGUGGUGAAGUGAACUCUGGAACAAAACGAUCACGGAUGUCAGCUAUUGCGAUUAUCUGCUUUCAGUAUGCAUAUUUUGUGAAGAUGAUCUUAGGUGGUGAAAAUAUUCUUAAUUUAGUGCCAAAAGAAGACGAUCAGAAGAGUGAAGAAUAUAGAAAAAGAGGCAAUGAAGAAUUUAAAAAUGAAAACUAUGAAGCUGCAGUAAGCUGGUACUCCAAGGCAAUUGAUUUAAGGCCUGACAAUCAUAUUCUAUAUGGAAACCGAGCUCUCUGCUUUUCACGAAUUGAAAAUUACGGGAAAGCACUUGGUGAUGGAAAACGAGCCAUUGUAUUGAAACCUAAUUGGCCCAAGGGUCAUUAUCGUCUGUGUGAUGCCUUGUUUUCGAUGGGAGAGCACAAACGAGCCAUUGAUGCUAAUGCUAAAGCUCAGGAGUUAUGCAAAGAUGUUUCAGAUGGAAUUCGGGAUUUAAUUCAGCAGAAAGAAAAGUUCCUUAAAAAGCGAGAUGAAAAUCACGGAAGAUCAAAGACUGAUGGAUUAAAAGAAGAAGUAAACACCAAAAGAGAGCAGUCAAAGGUACCGACUAAGCUAGUAUUUGAAAGCCACAAGAAUGAGUCCAAGAGAAGUCAGGAAAGAAAUGGAAUGAGAUCACGUCUUCCACAACACCCAGAAAAGCCGCUGAUGCCUGUAAAUGACUCAAACAGCAUGAUUAACGAAUUGAAGUCUCUAAUUCAUGACGGGUAUAUAGCCUUAUUGGACAAGCGUGCCCACAAUGCAAAACAUGCCUUCUUAAAGAUUCUGAACCUAGUGGAUCCUGAAAAACUAGAGGAAGCAUCUUUGUCCAGAAGUGAAUAUGUGAUAAUUAUCUAUGGUCAUGCCUCUGCCCUCCUUGGCAUUGGAUUGCCUGAGGAGCUGACUGAGGCUGAAAAUCAAUUUAAUAAAAUCUUGGAGCAGUUCCCACAGCAGCGGCUUGACUGUUUGGCAUUUUAUGGACUUGGCAAAGUGUACUUCCGGCAGAACAGAUUUGCUGAUGCUUUAGAUCCUUUCACUAAAUCCUUAACAAUGGUAAACCGUAAGAUUGUUCCAGGCAUACUAACAUGGCCCACAACAACCGUUGUUAUUGAAGAAACACAGGCUGAAAAAUUAAAGGCCAUGUUGGAAGAAUACAUUGAGAAAUGCAGAUUUCCUCCAGUACCUGAUGCAACCUGCCGCUAUCAACAUUGCCAGGGACAUUCUAAGGUCCAGAUCUACUUCACAGACCCAGAUUUUAAGGGCUUUAUUCAAGUAAUGUGCUGCCUACAAUGUUGUGUGGAAUAUCAUAUCAACUGUUGGAAGAAAUUGAAGGCAGCUUCCUUUGAAGAUAAAAAUGACAAGGAAUUUCUCAGAAGUCAAUGUUUCACACCUGACUGUGGAGGACAGAUUUCAAAAAUUGUCAUCUAUAAUUCAAAAGGUCUUGUGAAAUGCGAGUUUGAGGCUAAAAUAACUAAAAGCAAAGACCCAGCAAAAACAGUUGUGAAACAGAAAUGUUCAAGUGCAUUGAAAUUGAAAAUUAAAGAAGGUCGUAAACAAACCAGAAAACAGUUGAAAAAAGAAGCUUCAAGGCACAAUGCUGAAAAACAGAUAAAAGAAAAGUCUGAAAAAAAUAGCAGAAAGGACGAAACCAAUUCUAAAGCAGGUCAUUCAUGGAAUCCUCUUGGUGAUCGAAUGUUGCAGUUGAUAACUGAGAACAAGGAACAGUUAAAAGCUGGAGUGCAGAAUGUUUCAAGCCUACUUCAAGAACUGCUUUCAUUUCAUGUUCUAAGUGAACAGGAUUUUGACAUGCUUCACACAGGUGCCUCCAAACCAUGUCAGGUUAUGGGUCAACUUCUUGACCUCAUUGUACAGAAGAAUAACAGAAUAAAGACCAGGGAAUUCCUCUACACACUUAGCAAGUGCCAAGACGUUGACAACAAGCUGUUAGAUUGGAUCAAUUGGUUAAAUGAUGCAGGCCGUGAAGCAGCAGAGCUAUUUCUGUCUCAUUAUUCAAAUUGCAUAGAGCAGUUGGACUUGAACUCUGUACAAGAGUUGCUGGAUGCAUCAAAGAUUGAUCUCUCACCCUCUGAUAGCACUAAAGAAAUUGUAGAACAGUUGAAACAGGAAUCGCCUACAAAAAUCCGCAGUUUUAUAUGGAAGUUGGAGGAAAAAAGAGAACAAUUUCCAUCCCUACACAUUCCUUUAGAUGAAUAUUUUAAUGCAAUGGAUGCUCCUUGUACUGUACUAAAGAAACAGGAAAAUGAAGAAUUAUCUAAUAUUGGCCUUAGAAGUAAAGUUAGAAACAGAAAAAAGAAACCGAAGGAUUCCAAGCCUUUUCUCCUUCUGUCUGGGUCAAUCAGAGCUGGAGCCCGUGAGGAGGAUGAUGAUGAAAUAUUCUCCGAUGAUGGCAUCCUUACACAAAUGACCUCUGCAGGUCCAUUUAUGGUACCAGAAUAUCUUCGUGUUCGGCUUGAGGAUUUUGAAGAUAGUUAUGAUCCUCAACUAUAUGGCAGUCAUUACCAGCGGGUCCUAGACAAUAACCCAGACCCAACACGCGAAAGCCUGUAUGAUUACUUCGCCCAAAUUCUGAAUGAACAUGGUCCAAUGGAAAUUGAUAACCAGAUGUUAGUUGGCGAAUUUGAAAACUUCCCGCCAGAGGCCCAAGAGCUAGUGCGAAAGACGGGUGGCUUGAAAUCAUUUCUUAUGGAAUCACUGCGAUUUGUGGUGAUUAACAAUUUGAUAGGACUGAUGAAGCAUGCUGUACAAUUGAAGAGCUUGGCUAUAAGUGAAAAAGCAGCAACCAGAGGCACUGAAGAAUCCGAGAUUAACUCAGAUGAAGUUUCUAAUGAAAGCUUACGUCCAGUGGCUCAUCUCAAUCCCACUGCUAAGGAAUUUAAGCCUGUGUCUUUUCAUCAAUCAUCUUUAUCAGUUACAAGUUCACUAAGUGAAAUACAAAACCCUAAUCAGCAUAUACAUUAUGAUACUGAAGUAGGAAUUAAUCUUUCAACAGAUAAUGUGUAUAUGAAUAUUAAUCCGUAUUCUGAUGUAAGACCAGAUAUUCAUGGCUCAGACAUGAGCUUAUUGAAUCAUAAUUUGAAGACUAGCAAUCCGUUGACCGAUCAUUACUUAAAUGCGAUUGCUCCUGCCUCUCAAUCUUCUUUUAAUCCAACGUUCUGCAGUGAUGUAUCAUCUAGUCAUAUACCUUCUGAUAUACCACAAGUAAUCCCGAAUUUUUCAAAUCUAUCUUUUACUAAUUAUAAUUAUCAGUUUCAUUCUGUCAAUUCUGGUGGAGGAUGUAACCCCAUGGCAAAUGAAAUGGGACAUGUGAGACUGUCAUCUUGUGUUAAUACAACAGUAAUGGGUGAACUUGAAGAAAUGCCUCAGAGCGAUUUUAAGCACAAAGAUACUAAUGGUGUAUCAAGCAAAAUGAGCAGCAAGGAGUCUGAUACAAGUUGCAAUAAGUGUGAGAAUAAAAGAGGUCCAUUGCUAAGGACCAUUGCCGUACAGGCUCGUCAGGAAUCUUUCUGUAAUACCAACAUCAAUACUGAUCCUUUACAACCUUUUGAAAAUCAACAGGGUGAUAUUUUGAGAAUUGAGAAGGAGCACCAUGUUCUGCAGAAACAACUGCAAGAAGCAGAAGAAAAAUAUGAUCAGCUUGCAAACCGCAGCAGAGAUGAAAUUACUGCACUUGAAGAAAAAAUGACUGAAUUCAUAAAGAGAAAUGAGCUACUAAAAUCUGAGCUUGACUUGAUACGCCAAGACUUGGAAAGUGAAAUCAAGAAGAGUCAGCAAGAAAAGCGAGAAAAUAAUGAAAACUUAAAAAUACUGAAAUCAAAAGUUAAAUCACUUGCUGAUUUGAAUCAAAUGUAA